AUGGGCUGCGCCCCGAGCAUCCGCAUUUUCGGCCACCGAGCGGAGGGCCCGGACGCGCACGCGUCGGGCCCCGUGUCGUGGUCUAGACAGCGACGGUCGACCGCGCCCGGCUCCAGCCGCGCCAGGCUGGUGGAGCCUCAGCCUCCCGACGGCGGCGCCUCGAAGGUAUCAGUAACUGACGUGCAAUUUGGCCCGAUGAGAUUUCAUCAAGACCAACUUCAGGUACUGUUAGUGUUUACCAGAGAAGAUUACCAGUGUAAUGGAUUCUACAGGGCAUGUGAGAAGGCCGGGUUUAAGUGCACGGUCACCAAGGAGGUGCAGGCUGUCCUUCCUUGUUUCCUGGACAAACUCCAUGACAUCAUCAUCAUAGACCACCGAAACCCCCGACAGCUGGAUGCAGAGGCACUGUGCAGGUCUAUCAGAUCAUCGAAACUCUCAGAAAAUACAGUUAUUGUUGGUGUAGUACGCAGGGGGGACAGAGAGGAGAUGUCGCUAAUGCCCUUCAUUGCUGCUGGCUUCACAAGGAGGUAUGUAGAAAACCCCAGCCUCAUGGCCUGUUACAAUGAGCUGCUCCAGCUGGCGUUUGGAGAGGUGCGAUCACAGCUGAAACUCAGGGCUUGCAACGCAGUAUUCACUGCCUUGGAGAAAAGCCAAGAAGCGAUUGAAAUUACGAGUGAAGCCCACAUCAUACAGUAUGCAAACCCUGCAUUUGAAACAACAAUGGGUUAUCAGUCAGGUGAACUGAUAGGGAAGGAGUUAGCACAAGUGCCCAUAAAUGAAAAGAAAGGGGACUUGCUUGACGCCAUAAACUCGUGUAUCACGAUAGGCAAGGAGUGGCAAGGAGUUUACCAUACCGAGAAGAAAAAUGGAGAUAAUAUACAACAAAAUGUGAAGAUAAUACCUGUCACUGGGCAGGGAGGAAAAAUUAGACACUAUGUGUCCAUUAUCCGAAUGUGCAAUGGCAACAGUAAGGUUGAGACAGUGACUGAGUCUGUCCAGACUGACAGUCAAACAGAUAAUCAGGCAGGCAAACACAAAGACAGGAGGAAGAAUUCAGUAGACGCCAAAGCAGUCUCCUCUAGAACGAGUGAAGUUUCCAACCAGAGAAGACAUUCCUCUCUGGCCCGGAUACACUCGAUGAUGAUUGAGGCGCCCAUCACUAAGGUAAUCAAUAUUAUCAACGCUGCCCAGGAAAGCAGCCCCACCCCCGUGACGGAGGCCUUGGACCGAGUGCUGGAGAUUCUGAGGACCACCGAGUUAUAUUCACCACAGUUUAACGCUGAGGAUGAUCCUCACGCCACCGACCUCGUUGGGGGCUUAAUGUCUGAUGGCUUACGAAGGUUUUCAGGAAAUGAGUAUGUUCUUGCAGCAAAACAUCUGCAGCCGAUUCCAAGCGAUGUCUCCAGCCCUGUCGCCCUUCAUGAUGUCCCACCGCGGAUUGCCCUGGCCAUAGAAAAUGAAGAAAACUGGGACUUCGACAUUUUUGAGCUGGAAGCAGCUACUCAGAAAAGGCCUUUGAUUUAUCUAGGUCUUAAAACGUUUGCUCGUUUUGGAAUCUGCGAGUUCUUACGAUGCUCCGAGGUGAUGCUGAGGUCGUGGUUUCAGAUCAUUGAAGCCAGCUACCAUGCAUCUAACCCCUACCACAACUCCACACACGCGGCUGACGUGCUCCACGCCACUGCGUAUUUCCUGUCCAGAGACAAGAUAAAGGAAACUUUAGAUCCAAUUGACGAGGUUGCCGCCCUCAUCGCUGCCACCAUUCACGACGUGGAUCACCCUGGGCGAACCAACUCAUUCCUCUGCAACGCAGGCAAUGAGCUGGCUGUGCUGUACAAUGACACCGCUGUGCUGGAGAGCCACCACGCAGCACUGGCCUUCCAGCUGACCCUUGAAAACGACAAGUGCAAUAUCUUUAAAAACAUGGACAGGAACGACUACCGGACACUACGCCAGGGGAUUAUCGACAUGGUCCUGGCCACGGAAAUGACAAAGCACUUCGAACAUGUCAACAAAUUUAUCAACAGCAUUACCAAGCCCUUGUCAACACAAGGAGAUGAGGAAACUGACAAAACCGAGGACUCCAUAAACACUAUGCUUAGGACUCCAGAGAACCGGGCUCUCAUCAAACGGAUGAUGAUCAAAUGUGCCGACGUGUCCAACCCCUGCCGGCCCCUAGAGUACUGCAUCGAGUGGGCCGCACGCAUCUCAGAAGAGUAUUUUUCUCAGACUGAUGAAGAGAAGCAGCUGGACUUGCCUGUGGUGAUGCCGGUUUUUGACAGAAACACCUGCAGCAUUCCCAAGUCUCAGAUCUCUUUCAUUGACUACUUCAUCACAGACAUGUUUGACGCCUGGGACGCCUUUGUCGAUCUACCUGACCUCAUGCAGCACCUGGAUGACAACUUCAAGUACUGGAAAGAACUGGAUGAGAAGAAGCUGCGCAGCCUCCGUCCCCCUCCAGAAUAGAGUGGGCUGUACAUCUGGUCUGGGGCUCUGUCCCUCCUGCCUUCUGCAGUGUGUUAGGCAGAGAGGCAUUGCCUUAUCUGCAGAGCCUGCGAAAGGACACGGGGACAUCAGCCCUCUGUGGCCACCAUCUGAUGCCAUGUCGCUGUAAGGCUCCUUAGUAAGAACUCUGGCUUGUAUCAGCUCUACGUUACCACAAGCCCGAGGGCCCUGCAGAGGUGACCCAUGGCAGGGCAGUGACCACCAUCUCUCCUAGUUCCUUCAGUGGACAGGACAGCCAUGGGGACGUGUCUCGAAUCUCAGGAGGGCCAGCUGCUCGUUUCGGAACACUACUGGAAGUGACUUCUCCCUUAAAUCGACUAGCAAAUGAGACAAAGAAACUUAAGGUUGAUUAUCCCAAUUAUUAAAUGUUUUAUUUAUUUUAUUAGAAGUUUGACAUUUUCUACGAAUUUAAAAAUACUUCAAAGCCAAAGCCACCUUUGUAUGCCACAACCAAAUUCACGAUUCAUUCUCAUUGUUUGAGUUGGUGCACAGACUUAUUUUCAUAAUGCAGAUUAGAAUAUAAAUGAUACAUUUUAUCACACUAUAGAAAUGUUAAACCCUUGUUGUUGAUGUUAGUGGGGAGGGAUUUUUACUGGUGGGUCUCACUCUAGCAUGCAACAGAGCAGCCACACCGCAGACCCGAUUCUGAGCUGCAGCUGUGAUCUCAGGAGUUGGCAGGUGUGUCUUGUCAGAGAGAAAGUUGGAUGUGACCAUUUUGUCCUAAAAUUUUAUAAUUGCAUUUCUAAGAGCCUGCCUUAUUUUAUACCAUUUCUAUAAAAUAUGUCCCAGAAAAAAACAACGCAAACCGGGACACUUAGUGGUUGAUAUUUUAUAACUAACAUGGGGUAUUUGAUUCUAGAAAUGUAUAAAGGUGAUAUCUCUUCAUGUUUUUAAUGAGCAUAAUACUAUAAAGAUGACACUUAAUGAGAUGUCAGAGUGUUAGUUUCAUCUUAAACCUGUAUUUUUUCUGGAUGAAAUUAAACUAUUUGUUUUUAAGAA